AAGAAGCACACACACUCUUUUCUCGAUGGUGGUCAUUUUACGGUGCGCGUUGCAGUUCGUUUGAAAUAAUUCGCAUUAAUUAUCAGUUUUUACGCCGGAAAUCGUUUAAAAAGUGUCGCACUCUGUAGGUCUCGUUCCGCGGAUUCGGGAAAGUGUAAAAGUGAGCGGCGGAGGUUGAAAUUUGACCGGAAUUAGGACGAGAAUUGAAGAUGCGUCGCAAGGCCGCGGAUAAAAACAAAACAUCGCCGGAGAAGGUGUCGCGGCGGUCCCGGCGGGGCCGCGAGCGGGAAGAGGAAGCCGUAGAAAAGGAUGAGGCGGUUGAGCAGGAAGGUGAAGAAGCAGUUCCGGCUGAGGCAGCCGAAGAGAGUGGUGGUUCCGAUAGAGAGGAGGAGGAAGCUCCCAAGAGGCGGGGUGGCCGCAGGGCGGCGGCAACAAGAACCAGGAAGACGUCGGAAAAGUCUGUGUCGACGCCCCGGCGGAGCAGCCGACGCAAGUCGUGCUCGGUGGAACCGUCGGAUAAGGAGGACAGUGAUCGGGAAGAGAAUGGAGGCGAGCUGGCGGCCGGCAAGGACAAGGACACCACGGUGAUGGAGACGAUCGUGGAGGAGGAGAAGGCCGAAGAAGAGAGCGCUUCGGUGGUUGAGGUUGUGGAGAAGGUUGAAGAGAAGCCGGAACCGGAGCAAGAAGUUGAGGAAGAGCCUAAACCAGAGCCUGAAACGGAGGCUGAACCUGAAGAGACGAAGGAAGUUGAACAAACACCAGAGCCAGAGCAGGUCCAGCAGAAGGAAGAGGAACCGGAAAAGCUCAAUGGUGAUGACGAAAAGGAGGUACCCGAAACGGAGCCGGAACCGGUUGCUGUAGAGUAUCGCGAUGAGGACGAAGCUCCACCGUGCGAGCAAUCGCGUGAGUCUGGUGAGGUAGAUUCCGAGAGUGUCCAGGAUGACGAAAGUCAGCAGGCGCUGCCCAAACGAGAGGAACCGACCAAGGAAGCUUCUCCAAAAGCUGGUGAAGCCUCCGAGGACGAUUCCUCUUCGGACAAGGGCGAUCGCCAACCUGAACCUGAACCCGAACCAGCACCUAAACCUGCACGUAAAUCACGCUUCAGAUCUCGCACGCCCGAACGUAGGGAACAAACGGAGGCUCCGACGCCAGAACACGAGGACGAAUCCAAACAGCAACCGCAGCAGCAGCAGCAGGACGAUGAAGAGGACAAAGUCGACGAAGAGCUGGAAGCGGGCGAAAUCAAGGACGAUCCUGUUCCGAAGCGAAGCCCCGAAAAGAAACCGGUCGAACCGGCGCCACGUCGCACUCUGCAGCGAAAGCGACGUUGGCUUUCCUCGAAGCCCGACAGCUCCAAAUCGUCGGUCAUUACAAUUUCUACAGAUUCACUUAAAAACAUCAUCUCCGAGCCGGUGCGACCGGUUCCGCUGUCGGAUGUCAAGCUGGAAUCCUCUCCGGAACCGGAAGAGGUUGAAGACAGCGCCGAAGAGGGCCACCGGCGUCGCUCCCGGGACAAACCGUCCAAAUCUUCGGAGAAGGAAAACGUCGAACACGACGACGAAAGUGGCGAAAAACAAGAUAAGCAGGAAAAACCCGCGGCCCGCAAGAUCAGCAUCGUCAGUGACGAUGGCAAACCGCUGGCCAAAGCACCGAGCCCGUCGCGGAACCAUUCCAGCAGCAUCCUGUACAUCACAAACCUGGUGCGCCCGUUCACCGUGUUGCAGCUAAAAAGUCUGCUCGCUCGCACUGGAAAAAUCGUCGAGAACGGCUUCUGGAUUGACAAGAUCAAGUCCAAGUGCUUCGUGAAGUACGACAACGAGGACGAAGCGAUCGAGACGCGCCACGCGCUGCACGGCGUCCGGUGGCCCACGUCCAAUCCCAAAUGUCUGAACGUGGACUUUGGCACCGAGGCGGCGAUGGAAAAGGCGAUCAUCUCGACGCUGGAUGACGCCGGCACGACGCGCAUCACGAUCGACAACAGCAAGGACGCGAAGGAGUUUGGCUGGAGCAGGGAUGCGGUGAAGCAGGAGGAGGACAACCACGCACCACGCCCCGUCCGCGAGUGGGAUCUCGGCAAGAAGGACACCUUCGAGGCAGGUGACCGCAACCGGGACCGGGACGGACGAAGCGGGCGCGGCGGCGGCGAUCGGGAGGCGGACCGUGCGGCGGCGGGACGGCGCGGCGACGGCGACGAGGGACGUGGACGGGAUCGGGGUGGAGCAGCGGGCGGAGCGGAUGCGGACGGAAGCCGACGGUCGAGACGGUCGUCGGAGCGUGGUGGCGGCGACCGGAACCGACGGCGGAGCGCCAGCUUGUCACCAGCGAGGAAGUUCAAGAAGAAGGAGAACGAACCGCCGAUCAGACUGUUGGAUGAUCUUUUCAGGAAGACCAAAGCGACGCCCUGCAUCUACUGGUUGCCGCUGACUGCGGAGCAGAUCGUUGUAAGGGAGGAGCACCGUCGCAAGCUGGCUGCGGAAAAGGAGCGCCGCCAGGAGGAGUCUCGCCGGCAGGAGGAAGAAAGGCGCAAACGUCGCGAGCGACCACGUUCGAGCUCGCGAGACCGGCGUCGUCGUUCACGCUCGCGGGACGAUGGCCGCCGGCGUCACCGAUAAGGAAUGACGUUUGAAAGUAGAUUGCGCGGAUUAUGCUCCGGAGGAUUCACACUCUAGGGUGUGCGUGAGAGGCAGAAAGAGAGAGGGAGAGAGAAGCAACCUUUUCCCGGAAGAAACCUCCGCGAAUUCGUCCCCGACGAAUCCAAAUAGGGUCUGUUCAGAUAUUUUUUUGAUUUUCUUUUGACUGUUUUUUGACUACCCUUUCUCAUCCUACACGUUUUGCUUUUCCCUUCCUUUUCACACCUUUUUUUCCCCGUUUUCCCCCUUCUUUAAUAUUUUCUUAUUGUAAUUUGGUAAGCGCUUCUCGCUUAUCAUUAAUUUUAUCCAAACACAUCGCAUCGAUUGAUGCGAGGAGUUUCUUUUAAGGUUUAUCCCUAAAAUAUUUGCGCGUAAAUUUCGCGUGGGCAUAACAAAAACAGUAAUCUGGCAAAGAAUUGUUUCGUUUUCGGAAACAAAACAGUAUUUGCAAAGAUUUCCCUCGAUUGUAUUGAUUCUAUCCGUUUUGCAAAACAGAAAAAAAACCUAACAUUUCUCUAAGAAGUAAGCUGCUGUUAAUGAUUUACAACAGAAAAUAAAUAUUAGCACUUAGAUAGGGCGCGUAGAACCGAACCACAGUCACAGACACACAAAACCACAGAGACAGGAACUAGGAAGCAGUCCCCUCAACCCCGUAAAAUCUCUAGCACGAAAGGAUCACCAGCUGAUGAAGAAGGGCGCCAGGAACUUUAAAAUCCACCAUCAACGACCAACGACGAUCGUCGGCUGCAAGCAAAAGCAAACUCAGACCCAUAUUCUCUCUCUUCUGUAUAUUGUGUAUUUCCCAAAACCCAAAUCAGAAGCCGGAAAUGCAACGUCGAACCUCUCGAAGGCCCCACAAAAAAACGCAGAGAGAAGAAGGAAGUCAGUACGAUUCUGGUGCGAAAUGCCCAGCUAUGAGGAACAACAACAACAACAACGUCAAAUCAGCAAACAUCACCGGAAAUACCAACUUGGACGACAAUGUCUGGAGAACCAGAAGAGAGACAGCUUGUGAGAGUUUUUUGGAUUUCGGAUUGUGGCGUCGUCCCUAACAAGUAAACAAGUAAAUUGUGUAAUCGCUCAUCGAUGCAGUAUAAUUAUAAUGUAAUUGAAUUCAAAUGUUUGAACCGCACGAAGGCACCGAGUUUGUGAGUGUGAAAUGAAACUGAUGCGCGUGUGGUAACGACGCGGUCGAUUUUGUAUAAAAUACUGGCGUGAAGCAUCGCGACCUGUGGAGAGACACCCACCCCUCAAAACAAGUCGUCAGUAAGUAAAGUCUACGCAAAAAAAAA